AAGAACCUUCUGGAGACUUUCCUGAGUGUUCCACACAGCCCUCCUGUGGAAUCCUUCAUGGAGGAUUACAGCUGCAUGGAAGAGAGGAACUGGGUGUCCUCUCCCACCCUCUCUCGUGCCAGGAGUGCACGCCUGGAGAGUGAUGAUGACUCCACAAUCACACAAGAGUCAGGUGAAGUGGGCGUGGUCAAGCCCAGCUCUAGAAAAACCAUCAAUGGUCUUCUAUCUGACAUGUUCAUUUUCAGAGUUGGAGAACUUCUCCAAGAGGGUUGUGAUGAUGAUGAGGUUGAACAGACUGCUGCCAGAGUUGAAGAACGUCUCCAAGAGGCUUGGGAUGAUGAUGAGGUUGAACGUAUUUCAAACAACGAUUGCAUGAUGCCGGACAUGAUGUCAGAGACUUCGUAUAAGUAUUCUCUUGAAUCUGAUGUCACUGGCUGUGAGAAGAAACCCUACUCCCCUUGGAUGACAGGGGAACUGGACGAGUGCAGAGCUGAAUCAGUGGACUCAGCCAAGACAGAGCACAGAACCUCAUCCUUCCGGCAGUCCAAUCCCAGCCAGGCUUCCUUCAAGGCAGAAGCCUCAUCAGGUGCCUCCUCACUGGCCUCACUGGAGACGAUGGUAAACCUCAGCUCUUCUAACAAUGCUGCAUUAACAGCUGACCGUCAGAACAUGGCUGUGACUCAGAGCAGCACAGGGGCAGCAGGUCACAAAGGGUGGCGCUGCAUCCCUUGCUGCCAGACUGCUGAGGGGACACCCAUUGAGGUGCCUAAAACUCUAUCAAAGACAGCGAAGUUUCAGAACAAAAGCCAGAAGAAAUCUUCCAAGCCUCGUAAAGGAAAUAAAUUCAACAAUUCAGUGGCACCCCUGCCUGUUUCAGCUGCUGCAGAGAAACACAAGAAGCCCUCCUUUGGCUCCCGCUUGUCUGCUGCCUUCGCCAGGUUCUUUUGUGGAUGCUGUGGUAGCAAGAAGAAGAUCAGACUGUAGAGAAUCAUAUCAGCCACAAAGGUUAACACCAGACAUAUUUCAACGCUGGGUUUGAAUAGUAAAACCCACAUGAAUAAAUAAAUAAACAUAAUUGCACUCAAGU